GUCUUAAAGCUUUAGUAGACUGACGAGGAGAGAGUGAGCGAGUUGAGCGGUGGAGAAGAGAGGCUGGGGCGACUGAGCAACGGACAAGCGGACCGCAAAACGUGGAAGGAAAAGGAAACGAUUUUGCGAAGGGAGCGUAGUAGAGACGGCGCGCUGGGAACAGAGGAUGAGACAGAAGCGGAUGCGUCUUGGACUGGACGGCAGGUAGGGGACACAUCGGUGGGCAGAGCACGCCGUAAACAGGUACGAGGCUAGACAGACAGAAAGCGCCCAAAGAAAGCUGUCGUGGUCUACAUUGCCGUUUUAAGUGGAGCCCACAGUGGACAGACGGCCUGAAGUAACAUAUAGAGGAUCCACAGUCUCGUUUUAUAUCCAUAUUGGAGCGCAUAUUUAAAGCAAGAAAAGUGGACAAUUAUAUUGAGGCGAGGGUGUAAAUAUCUCAAUGUGAUUUAAUGCCUAUAGACUCGUGGGUAGGAAACAGCAGCAAACUGUGGACGUAGCUCAGUGGACUGGACACACACUACAGGAGCUGGUCCCUUCUGACCCUGUUGUGAAUGGAUAUGGCACAUGCCUUUUGCACAAGUGGCAUGGCAGAAAUGUAGCUUCAGAGUAUUCUGGGGUAGUGCUGCCAAAACCCCUCUUCUGGAAUUUGAAACCCUCCGACUGACCAUGUUCGGCAAAUGCCUUCUUCUUCCAAGCGAGGCAGCGCAAGCAGGUUCUACUGACACAUUCCUUUGAUAUUCAUUUGGCAGUGGCACCUUGCAGGUCCUGCAUACCACUAUGAAUGGGAACAGUGCAAGACUGGUCAUGUGGUUUUUGUGUCAGCUGCUGGCCUUGGGACUGAGUUUGGAGAUUGGAGCUUUUGAUAUUGAGCGAGGACGGGAGGCCAAAUGUGAGCCAAUCGAGAUCCCGAUGUGCCAGGGGAUCGGCUACAACAUGACUAGAAUGCCCAAUUACAUGCGUCAUGAAAACCAAAAGGAAGCAGCCAUCAAGCUACAAGAGUUUGCCCCACUGGUGGAGUAUGGCUGCCACAUCCACCUGCGCUUCUUUUUGUGUUCUCUCUACGCCCCUAUGUGCACAGAUCAGGUGUCCACCUCCAUCCCAGCCUGUCGACCCAUGUGUGAACAGGCCAGACAGAAAUGUGCACCGGUCAUGCAGCAGUUUAACUUUGGCUGGCCAGACUCUCUGGACUGCUCCAAGCUGCCCACUAAGAAUGACCCCAAUGCUCUUUGUAUGGAAGCUCCUGAAAAUGACACCAAAGUGGAAACACCCAAGGGACAAGGUAUGUUGCCUGUGCCCGCCAGGCCCAGACAGCCUACCGGCGGAGAGGGGAACACAGUGGGCAGCACAGGAACCUGCGAGAAUCCCGAGAAGUUUCAGUAUGUGGAGAAAAGUCGCUCUUGUGCCCCAAAGUGCUCCUCGGCUGUAGAUGUCUUCUGGUCAAGGGACGACAAGGACUUUGCUUUCAUUUGGAUGGCUGUUUGGUCCACAUUGUGCUUUGUUUCCACCGCCUUCACUGUUCUCACCUUCCUCCUUGACCCUCACAGGUUCCAGUACCCAGAGAGGCCCAUCAUUUUCUUGUCAAUGUGCUAUAACGUCUACUCUGUGGCCUUCAUCAUUCGGUCAGUGGCCGGAGCCGAGAAUAUCGCUUGCGACCGGGAAAAUGGCGAGUUGUAUGUCAUCCAAGAAGGCCUUGAGAGUACUGGCUGCACGAUUGUCUUCCUCAUUCUGUAUUACUUUGGCAUGGCCAGUUCAAUAUGGUGGGUAAUUCUAACCCUGACAUGGUUCCUGGCUGCUGGUAAGAAGUGGGGACAUGAGGCUAUUGAAGCUCACAGCAGCUAUUUCCACAUGGCAGCAUGGGGCAUUCCAGCUAUGAAGACUAUUGUCAUCCUCACCAUGAGAAAGGUGGCAGGGGACGAACUCACAGGACUGUGCUAUGUGGGCAGCUUGGAUGUGAAUGCGCUCACGGGGUUUGUCCUUAUUCCCCUGUCCUGCUACUUAGUCAUUGGUACCUCGUUCAUCCUGACAGGUUUUGUGGCCCUCUUCCACAUCCGCAAAAUCAUGAAGACAGGGGGUACCAACACAGAAAAACUGGAGAAGCUGAUGGUCAAAAUUGGCGUCUUUUCCAUCCUGUACACAGUCCCGGCCACUUGUGUGAUUGUCUGCUACUUCUAUGAGCGGCUCAACAUGGACUACUGGAAGUUUCGCGCUCGGCAGCAGCAGUGCUUAUCUUUCCCCGGACGUCGUAAUGAGGACUGCUCGCUGGAGGCUUCAGUGCCCACCGUGGCUGUGUUUAUGCUCAAGAUCUUCAUGUCACUUGUGGUGGGCAUCACCAGUGGGGUCUGGGUUUGGAGCUCCAAGACCCUGCAGACCUGGCAGGGCCUGUGCCAUAGGAAACUGGCAGUUAGGACUAGCAGGAAGCCCUGCAGUAGUGCCAGCUGCAAUGCCAUUCACUGCCAUUACAAGGCUCCGGCCGUGGUGCUGCACGUGACCAAGACAGACCCCUACCUGGACAGCCCCACCCAUGUCUGAGCAGCAGUGUGGAAUCAGACUCUCAGGGCCAGUGAGCAAGGUGGGGGGGGUCCAACUCUAGCACGUCAACCGUCCACUGAAGAAGAUUUUGUACAGUUUGUAUGUUUUCUUUUCAUCUGUUAUCUGGAAAGUUUUUUAUAUCUCAAAUUAUUAUUUUUUUAAUUUAUUUUAAGGAUAUUUAAUUGGAAACUGUCUCUUCUGGUUAUCUUUUUGUAUGCAUUGCAGAAGGCUCUGGUGCAGCCUGCUGGUGGCGGCCCAUGCAGACAAGUGCCUUCAGCCAACCCAUCGUCGGCAUCUUUGAAAUAAAACGUCUCUGUAUUUGCACCA